AUGCGAUUGGUAAUUGUGAUACUCGGAAUUGUCUGUUUGGCACAUCGAGCUGCGCCGUUCACGUCGCUUGGGGCCUCUCGAGGACUCCAGGCCCGACGCGCCUUUCGUUUGCGUGAGAAACAAUCCGACAACGACACCGAUCCCUCGACCAUAGACGACGACGGUUUGAGGGUGGAAAAGGUGGAAGACCCGGAGCGUCGUAAUCUGAUUAUCAACGCGGUCGGUGCUGGUCUGUUGCUGUCGUCGGGCGUAGCGAGUGCCCAGCUCUACGUGUCGCAAGUGUACACGCCCGGAGGCUUCCAGCGUCUGCCGUCGAUGCAAUUCGUGGCCGCCUUGGGCGAUCCCAACGCCCGCGAAGGAAUGGGCGCUGACCAGUGGGGAAUUUGGCGGGACGAUCCCGGUCCGCGGGGGGUCUGGCUGAGGAAUUUCGACAAAUUGGAACAAGCAGACUACGUGGCGCCCGUCGGCUGGAAAUUCGACACGGCAGAUUGGUGGCUGGAAGAGCAUGGCAUCAUUAUGGAAGCCCCGCAGUUUCCUGUUCCUGCGGGGCGCUAUCUCGUUACCGGCGGACGCAUGGUCACCACUGGCCUGACCAUUGGAGCGGACGGCUCGUGGAAGCUAGACGAAGGGAAGCUGUACGAUGUGACGCACCUGCCGUGUCGGUCAGCCCGGUACCGACCCAACGAUGGAGGCGGUUCUCCCUACACGGCAAAGGGCUCGGACUUUCCCGUUAUCCCCGGAGCCGAAAUGCCCAAGGUGCCCGGCUGCGAUAAACAGGACUACGCAGUUCUAUUUCUUGUUGGCAAAGCAACAUAAGCGAGUAGUGGAUGUAUGCGCUCAACGACGGAUUAUUCAGUUCGUGAUGGCUAGGGAAUCUGUCAAGUG